CAUCAUCUUGAGCCCACAGCAAGCUUCGUCUCCUCUCUCCGCCAGCUCAACUUUAAGAUAAGGAAGACUAAAGGCUCAUCAAGAUGCUUAUCCAAGAGUCCCACGUUGACAUUCCCACCCAGGCCGGAGGAGAUAUGCGGCUCUUCGUGUUCCAUCCAACAAUUGCAAAUUACCCAAAGGCCAAAUUCCCAGGAGUCGUUGUCUUCAGUGAGAUCUAUCAAGUCACCGGCCCCGUCGCCCGCUUCUGCCGCCAAAUCGCCGGCCAAGGCUACAUCGCCGUCGCACCCUCCUCGUACCACGAGUUCACAGGCCCCGAAGCCCUCGCCUACGACGGCCCCGGCACAGACGCCGGCAACGAGUGGAAGAUCACGAAGAAAGUCUCCGCGUACGACGAAGAUGCCACGCUCAGCAUCGACCACCUCAUCUCCCUCCCCACUUGCACCGGCCGCAUCGGGGCCGCAGGUAUGUGCCUAGGCGGCCACCUGGCCUACCGGGCUGCACUCGACAAGAGAGUCAGUGCCGCGGUGUGCUACUUCGCGACGGACAUGCACUCGAAGAGUUUGGGGGCGGGGAAGAACGAUGACAGUCUUGCGCGCGCGAAAGACGUCAAGGGGGAGCUUGUGAUGAUCUUCGGCAAACUAGACAACCACGUCCCACCCGCCGGCCGCGACCUCAUCCGCAAGACGCUCCACGACGCUGGGGUGACGUUCUCCUUCUAUGAAGCAGCGUGGGCACAGCACGCCUUCAUCCGCGACGAACUAAGCAAAGGCCGCUACGACCCCCCAAUCGCGGGCAUCUGCUUUGCCAUGCUGACCGAGCUCUUCGGACGCGUCCUACGCUCGGAUCUGGGGCCGCGAAGCGGCGAUGGGGUGGAGGUGGAGGAUGUGUGCUGAACGCAGCUCUCUAGCCCCCUGACGACGUCGUGUAAAUAGACAUGAUGAAGAGAAACACGAACCCAGACACGAACCCAAGAUAAAGAUAAAGAUAGUCUUCGCAUUCAAUAUGCAACAUCGCAUCGAUCUACAUCGUGCACUAUCCACUGCACUUCUCUGCUCACACC